AUGAUGUCUUCCAAGGUCAUCACCGUCAUUCUCGCCCUUGCGGGCUCUGCACCUGGUGCUACGGCCGUUGGCCCCCUUGCCCAGGAGGUUCGCACUGAGACCAGCGAGCCCCGCGUCGUUGGUACUGCGAUUUCCGACGGACACACCGUCUACUCCGUCAAUCAAUGCACCAUGUACUUCACCACGGCUUGCGAUGUCUCCAUCUCGUAUGGUCCCCCCGUCUCUACUGAGACUUCAACCUCUUCCGUCGUUCUCUCCUCUACCGAGAACUACCCUGUCCCUACCUCGAAUGUCCAGUCAUCCGCUACCACUGGUAGCGAGACAACCCCUCAGACCACUGCGGUCUCUCUCUCAACCUACCCUGUCUACACUGGCACUGAGACUGGCGGUUACCUCACCGGCACUGGUACCUCAACCACCACCGCCGAGACUGGCACUCCCACCGCUGGUGGCACCUUCCAUGGCAUCUGCCAGGCCGCUCCGAUCGGAGCAGCCGUCAUGGCUGCUGUUUUCCUCGUCUAG